AUGGGUGUCGAAGCUCAUCAACGACCACCACUGCCCGCACCUACUGAACCUACCGAUGUCGACGAUACUGAUGUAGCCACCAACCUCUCGCGCCGUACCGAUCAGACUUCAUACUCAAUUCCCGAAGACGGCAGUCCCAUUACCAUCUCUACACACAAACUUACCUCUAAAGAAGGCCCUCGCCUCCGCCACGGUCGCAACAAGUCACAGACUUCGCUGUUGAUCGAAUACUUCGAAGCCACCAAGGGCGACAAAGGGAAGAAUCGCCCCAGCGUUCGUGUCAAAGUUACUCCUUCGGCCCACCGCAAAUCAAAGACCUCGGAUUCUGUCCAAAUCACUGGCAUCGGUCGUGACAAAAAGCCUUCAUAUACACGCCGCAUUUCUUUGGGUGCCAAAUCGCCAGACAAAGCUACACCAGUAGAAGCUACCGAAGUCAGUCAAUCUUCAGAGAGCAACGUUUCAGCCGUGCCUCCGGUCGAGGUCGAGAUCCUCAACCACAGCGACAUAUCAAGUCUAAAGCAGGGUCGGGAAUCCCGCGACUUACACUACCUUCCUGUUACCUCGGACGUCUCAUCAAUGCCUCCCGAUAGCUUACUUGAACCUUCACAAAUCUUGGCAGUAAGCCAAGAUGUAUCUGAAGACGCGAGCCACAGUCAGAGUCUUCUAGAUCUGCCUGCACAGGACCGAGCACGCAGCGCCAGCCACGAGCGCAUCAAGCAGAAGGUCAUUGAGAAGUUGAUGCAGCGUCAACGUGGCGAACCUAUUGAGUAUGAGCCCGAUACAAAACCAACAAAAGAGCGCCGCCGACGGUCCUCCCGCUCCACACGCGAAGACGACCUCGCUAGCGCUGCCGAGUCGUCCAUAUUAUCUUCGAAUCUGUCCCCUAGCAACCUUUCGUACGCCUCCGGCGCCACUUCGAAGGUGUCGCUGAACAAUCCAAAGCUUCUACAAAUGGUAGAGGACACUGUUCGUCGUCUAAUAUUACCAGAAAUUACUCAUCUGAAGAAUGAGCAACGCCGCUCAUCACAUGGCUCAUAUACCGAUGAUGAAGUGGAACUGCGCACUGCUAAAUCUGGGACAUCAAGUAAACCUAAGGUUGUCCUCAACCGAUAUGAUGAUGAUCCUGGCGAGGUACUCUCCCGAGGGGACUCAGAGCGCCGUGAAAAGACUCGUCGGUCUAGUCGCGGAGAUUCUGAUCGUCCUCGUCGUGAACGUCGUUCUUCGCGCACCUCGACACGGGAAGAAUCUCUACAUAGCAGGUCAAGCAAGGAUAAGGAGUCACACCGAGUCAAGGAAACUGCUGCUGCUGGUAUUGCUGGCGGUGUGCUUACUGCCGCAGCCCUUCGUCACCAUGACUCUCAAGACAAUAUCAGUCGUGAACGUCGUAAAAAGCGCAAAGCCCGAGGAAGUCGCAGUGAUUCCACGAGUCUUACCGAAACCGAGAAAACCUACCGCAAAGAGGAUAUCCCACCUAUGCCCUGGACUGGCGCAUCGGCCAUCAAUGAUUCCGAAGUCACCCGCCAGUCCAUCCUCACAGCAUCAACCGAGCGUCCACCAUCUGCUUCUGGUACCGAACACCAGACUCCAAUCUGUGAGGUUCGACGCGGCUCGCUUCGCGGUUCUGUAUCACCAGCGUCCACAACCCCUAAAGGUAAAGAAGCUCGUCCCCCUAGACUUUUAGAGUCCAGCCACAGCCGUCACUCUUCGACACAAGAGCAUACUGCCAACAUUCAGUCCAUCUCGACCAAAGCUAAGAUAGCAGCAUUAGCUGCAGCUGGCUUGGGUGGUGACGAAUCUGUUCAUCAGGAGAUUGGAAAGCAUGAUUUGAGCCCUACACAGAGUGUUUCUACUUUCAGAGACAGUCUGAAUGAUCCUUUGAUUCCUCAUGGAUUACGGCCUCGCAGUAGAGUCUCCGAGCUCUCCGCCGGAUUCGAGGAACGACAACGUAACGCCAUGUCUCCUGUUUCGGCGCCCAAUUCUCCAAGCGCUCUGAAGAAGAACUUCGAUGUUGCUAGAACUCCUCAGUCACCUGCACAAAUGUAUGAUGAUGCUGAAGAGCGUAGCGAGCUGGAAGAAUGGUUUCAGAAGGAGCAUGAAAAGAACGAGGAAUAUCGUAAAUCACUCGCGGAUUCGAGCACGAUUCCUGAAUCCUUCGAUGAACGUCGUUUGACGCAGUACACCGAAGACAGCCGUCUAUCAAGCGAAAGGAGUCCGGAGCGUGACAUUCAGGGAGUUGCUGCGACUGCACAGUAUACACACCGGCCAUACGGUGUUGAAUCUGCCGUCGCCUCUUUGAUAGACCCUUCUACAGUGAGCACCAGUCUUCAAUCAUCGCAAACAACCCCAAGCAACAUCGAAGACGUGCAUAACCGCGAGCGACUGGUCAAUGGGGUGCGUGAGGAGCCUUAUCAUCAAUCAACGGAUCAGCAGAGUGCAGACUCACCCACACAAUAUCCGACUCAAAGCCGAUGGAGCGCAUUACGUGAGAAUGCGCUGGCCUUGUCCAGCCGAGGCUCUUCUGCUCAACCUACUAGUUCUCCGCGCCAAAGCGAGAACUCGCACGAGGAACGCGUGCACAUAGACUCUUCCCCUGUCCAGCUGAGCGCCCAUGGCAUUCCUGAUGUCAAUGAUCCCUUGCCCGAAAUUGGACAUGGAAUUGACUCCGAGUCUGAUUUGAGCACAAAUCCUCCCGAGAUUCAAGGGCCCGGCCGAGGCGAUGGCCACUUCAACUUUUUGUCUUCAUUCUCACACAGCCCAGAGAGAGCAGCCAUUCGACACGAUAGUAUUUCGGAACACAGUUCCUCCACGAACGAGAAAGCCAAAGUGGGGGCCGGCAUCGCUGCUGGUGCCUUUGCAGCAGACAAGAUUCUGAGUCAGCACAGCUCAGACAAGCAUCUUUCAACGAACCAAGCAGUGGUCGAGGACUAUGCCUCUCGCGAAACGACUCCAGAUGUGCGGCAAGCCCAGGCUGUUCAUUUGGGACGCGCGGAGACAGCCUCUCCUGCUCACCUUGGAGACGAAGGUUACGCAUCUGCGGCCUAUGCUCGUUCCAAUGGAGCUUCUACCCCUAGGGGCCACAAGAUGCAUGCCAAAAUCCAGUCGGAAGGACAUGACGUGGACACAGCGCAGGAGGAAGCAUUCGUCGGGAAGCACAGCCGUUAUUUGAGUGGCAAUUCUCAUGGCAUGUCUUCUCCACUCUACGACAGUGCCACCGGCAGAGGAAUCGAUACGAUCCAAUCCAAGGAUGUGGUUGCGUUGAUGGACCAUCUUACUGUCCGAGACGCGCAUCGCAAUGCAAGGGAUACAGAAAUUCUUGUCACUCUGGUGCGCAGUGCUGCGGAAAUGCGCCAUGAAUUUGAGGAAAUGAAAAAGUUUAUUGCCGAGCAAGAUCGCAAAAUCAUGGAAAACACGGAUCGCGAUGCCGAAUAUACAGUCAAGAAGGUACUUGGUGGUCCUCGACCCCAACCACCAGCCCAACCUCGAAUAGUUCAUGGCACUUACAACGAAGAGGAUAUUCCGAUGAAACGCAAGAAUGUCUUCAAGCGGGCACUGAGAGGAUUGAGUAAGAGAGGUUCCAAUGAUUUGUCCAAGAUCGAAGACAUGUUGAACCAGAUCCUUGGAGACGUUGAGGAUCUGAAGAUGACCCAAGGCGAUCGACCACCUAUGUCACUUCGUGGUAGUAGCUUCGACUCGUACGAGGAUCGAGCAUAUUAUGGACGAGACUCUGGAUACGAGCCUGAAGGACAAGCUGGUACUUCGUCAACCCCGAAUCAUUCUGGUCGUCUCUCUAAUCAUUCUGGCAAUGUAUCGGUCCCUUCACCCAAGGAGAAGACAACCUCUCCGCAGGAGAGGUAUUUCCACUCUGGGUAUAAUGGCCGUAGGGACUCAAUUAAUCGUGUCAGCACUGUUAUGGAAGAAGAGAGCAAUGAUGGUGGAUCUUUUCUAGAGCAACAUGAAACUCACGUUCUUGAUAAUCAAUUCGAGAACAAUGAGAGGCUCCUGACACCGACACAAGAGUCGUUCAACCGUAGGUCAGGAUCCUUUGACUCUGCCGCAACCCCUGUGCAACAACGACAUAGCCCAUUCGACGCCCACAAUGGUGCCGGUACCCCUGAGAAGCAGCGCAAGCAAUCUGUCUUUGGCAUUCCGAAAAUUUCUCGUUGGUCUAAGACGACGACCUCCUCGUUUCCCGAGAAUUCUGAUGCAAACGAUAGACGACGAAGCCAGUACACCAACGCCUCUAGCAGUGGCGACAGUUUGAGUUCUAAUGGUGCUGGCUAUUACGCCAAUGGAUAUGCACUGAGAUCCGAAGAUCGUCUUCGAUCCACACAGUCGCUGGCUAAAGAUCAGGCAGCCAGAGAGCAUCUGCCUGAUGAUAGAAGCAUCCGCAGCGGGAUUAGUGAUAUGACACGAACACCAUCACCGCUUAUUCCUUCCGAGACAAGCUCCCAACUUGAGAACAUUCCCAUCAUCCUUCCGGACGGCAAUGAGAUGGACAAUUUUGAUGACCCUAAAUAUUCGGCUCAUCGUGAUUCUUUGCUUCUCCAGCAUCCUCAGCCUCGACCAGGGCCGACGCAUCGUCACCAAACAAAUCUUGAGAACGAAGCUCGAACCUUCAGUGGACCUGAUCAUUUCGAGACAGCGACGAGCAGUGACCUUUCACAACGCACUGUGGACAGUGAUUUCGACCCCUUGCAAUGGGGAUCGAACCCUUCGCUCUCUCUGGCACGAACAAACAAACUCAGUGGAAUACCUCUAGGGAAGGACAACGGCCCUCUGGUUCCUGAAAACAAACCAAAGGCGGCGCCUAGAGUCGAAGUCGAGCCACCAAAGGAGCAGCGACAGCAAGCACCGCAGAAACCACGCCAGAUGUAUUACUCGACUCCACUUGGCUCAGGACACUUGCUUGAGCCCAUUGAAGAAGUGAGAUAUUCUCUUGAAACAGACCGUGGACAUCGUUCACCUGAACCGACAGCUAGCCCUCGGGUAGCCAACCAACCCAGUCCAUCUCGAAAAAUUACCGGACCCAGACCGAUGGGCUCGCGUGCUCCCAGCGGUGCUAACGAACAAAGCCAACAAGAGCAGGUCUCUGGCACUGUAAGAAGGAAGCCAGUGCCUUCGAGCAAGAGUUAUGGUUCGUGA